AUGGAUGACGUUGAUCGUGACAAGGACGAUGUGAAUGGUAAGCGACCUAUGAUUAAUGAAGAGGAAUUAAUUGUAGUACCUAGCAAACGAUCAAAGGAAGAGGUGGAAAACCCUUCGAAAGUGGAAGUUUCGAAGCAUGAAAAAUCAUUGUCCGGAACAGAAGUUUCCAAAGCCCGACAACGUUGGAAUUUGCUUUCAUAUCAUAUACGAUGCAAGUACAAAAAACAAGCCAGUGAUAUUGAUGUGGAAUCAACGUUUAUGGUUUUUGAAGCAUUUUCCAUCCCAAAACAUUCCAGCUCAGGUCGUUGGUAUCACUUGAAAUCUCCUGUUGGAGAUGUCGAGCUUGAUGUCCACAUCUAUUCAGUUGUUACCGUAACACCUAAUAUGUUGGCUGGCUUCAAUAAUAGUGGAAAUAUCAGAAUAUGGCCAUCUGAAGAAUGUUUGGCAUAUUAUUUGUUAAAACAUGAGCAACUAGUUCGAAAUAAAACUGUCUUGGAACUUGGAUGCGGUAUGAUUGGCUUAAGUGGUCUUACGUCGGCUGUGCUUGGUGCGACAGAAGUAGUUUUAACGGAUGGUAAUGAGAAGUCCGUAGAAAAUAUCCAGCAAAUUAUUGAAACAAAUAAGCUAAAUAGUCAUGUAACCUGCUUUGUGCUACACUGGAACGCUGCCAUAUCGAAAAAACAGUUUGAUGCUAUUCUAUGUGCUGAUUGCUUAUUUUUUACGGAAGAGCAUAGUACUUUACUAAAUUGCAUCUCUAGACAUUUGAAACCAGGUGGAAUCGCAUACGUCAUGGCACCAGAUAGAGGUGGUACUGUUAGAGCAUUCUUGGAUCUUAUAUAUGAGGAACAAAAGCGAUGGCAAAGUUACCAAGAAAUCAUCGAUGCUAUCCAUUAUUCGUGCAUGCUUAUACAGGAUGAGAUUGUUGAAGAGUUGGAGAGAAAAGGUCAGAAAAUGGAAUUUGACAAAGAAGUGGUGGCGCAAGUCGCUUUUGCUAUAUGCGAUACUCUAUGUCUUACCUGGCCUAGUGAGCUUUUGCAAUUUGCAAAGCACGCGAAGCGUUCAGUCAUUAACAUGUCGGAUCUGAAGCUUCUUUUCCGAAGAAAUGAAAACAUGCUUUCUCUUAUCCGAAACAUUUCUGAGAGCUCAUUGCUUCCUGCUAGAAAAAGGCAAUCUAGGAAGGGUACAAACAAAAAGAGCAGUAAAACAAUAGACAGUAUUGAAGAGAUGAAUAGUGAGAAUUCGAAAGAUACGGGUACUUUGCUUUAUGAAAGUAAGGAUACUCUAAAGUUGACGGAUUUCUGGAACCAACCUUCAACUAGUCGAGGACGAUCAUUAUUGUCUGGGACAUCUAAAUAUAUUUCAGUAACAUCGGAAGAGAAAUUUCCGUUUAAUUCUGAAUCUUUGCAAAGCAAGCAGGUAGCUGCGAAAAAGGAAGAUAAGCUAUCCUGUUGCAAGCAAAAAGCAGAUGUAGCUGAACCGAGAAAAACAGAUAUUAAUAUUCCAUGUUAUUCGGGCAAAGAUUUACACGUGCAAAGAUCGGAAAGCGUUACUUGUUCCUGGAGUGAAAGUAGUCGAGAGAAGCGCGGAAUAAAUCCAAAAAAAGAGUUCGACAUAUCCAUCGACACAACAGAUCUGUGCAAUGCAGUAGAAGUGGAUGCAAAAAAUCCAGUCGUUUCAAACUUGGAGUUAGGCAAUGAAAUUAAAAAUUCGACUAUAGCAGUUACCAGUCACAAAUCCGAUAUACGAGCAAAUGAAACUGAAUGGAACAAGACGGAAUCCCGAAUUGGGAGUGUGCCAGACGAAAGGAGUAUUGUUGCUGUUGAAACUCCUGUGUUGAGCUCGAAAAGAAUAAAUAUGAGGCAGUUUACGGAUACGUCUUUUAGAUCCAGCGUUGCAGAUGACUGCUUUUCUUCUUUCAAAUUUGAAUCAGAUGAAGAUUCGGACCAGGGUCCUUCACUAAUAGAAAAUAAAGUUACAAGUGAUAAUGCAAAAUCAUCGCCAAGCAGUAGAAAUAGGUGCAUUGCUAGUAAAUGUGCUUCAACAAAUAAUAAGGACGAACAUCAAAUCACUAGUAGUGGAGAAAGUGAUACUGAUUUGGAUGCAACUGUCUUUGAUUUUUAA